UGCUCAUUUCCUAGCCCUACAAACAAGCUCAAUUACAAAUGCGCUUGCCAAAACAACUGCCGACCUCUACACAAGACGUCGAUAAUAUACCAAGGCCACGACGAAGCUGAAUACCACAAAUGGCGAUAGCGCCUCGAAUGUUACCCCGGAAUACAGCCGGUGGGGCAGCUAGACGCAUUAAUCUAGGAGAUUGCGCCGUAAAUUGUCAGUUUGGCGUUAAUCGCAGGUCUGUGCAGGGGAUAGCGAUGGUACUCAGGUACAUGCUUGUGAUAUAAGUGUACUUUGUUUUGUGCAUCGUUUCCCAUUUUGAUAUCCCAGCUUUACAUUGCUUCAAUAUCGUCCUCAACAUGCAAUUCACCAUCCUCGCCUCUGCAGUGCUUGCACCUCUAGCCGUCCUAGCUGCUCCAGCCGAGCUACACAGCAGGUCAGACAUACUGGCAGCACGCCAGGCGCGUCCCACAAAGCCAGCACCAUGCGUGCGCGCGAUGAACACGACCGAAGAACAAACUGCGAAACGCGCUGACGCCUUUGCCCAAGCCUUUAUCUACAAGAAAGAUAUCAGUGAGGCAUUCAAAUACAUCUCGCAAGACUAUAUCAACCACAACCCCCUCGCACAGAACGGAUCUGACUCCGCCUGGAACAUUCUUUCCCCAAUUUGGGCCUCGCAAAACAUCACACCGUUACGUACAGCUUUUGAAGACCCACAAAGCUGGCUCAAUUACCGAACCGGGAGUUUUGGGGAAGUUGUUGACCGGUUUCGUUGGGAGGGCGGAUGUAUUGUCGAGCACUGGGAUCAAGGAGAGAGUUUCCCAACGCUAUACGCUUAGAAAGCCGAUAGUUCAUGUAUAAAGAGACAUCUGGGCGUCUAGACUAAAGAGAAUGUGUACAUAGACGAAAUUGAGACGACAAUAUGAACGUAUGUCAACCGCGGCCGCUAGAGUACCAUCACAGACUGAGCAAAGGAAAGUCCUAUACUUUUUUCAUAUGUAUCAAGCGCCAUGACGCCAAACUCAUCCCUCUAGAUUCUUAACAGACC